UAUAUAUAUAUAUGAAAUAGUGGUUUAGUUCUCUAGUAAUCUUACAACCUUCAGACCCGCCAUACGGGUUAAUAGUAUACAGUAUACACACACAUUCAGCUCAUAAACCUGAAAAUCUGUGAAUUAGAAACCAGUAAUCCGCCAAAUGAAAGAUCUGUGGUGAUGGGAAACUCUUGUAGCAACCAGACAACGGAUAUACAGACUAAAUUCACCGACAUGAGGUUGAUGUGCAACUCCGAGGAGGUAGAGGAGGGAGGGAUGAAGGAGGUAGAUGUGGAGGGAAACAAGAUUCUCCUUCUCAGACAGGGUGGCGUAGUGAGAGGUUUGAGUGGGACGUGUACCCAUUACGGAGCUCCACUGGUUAAAGGUGUACUCGGAGCUAAUUCAAUAACUUGUCCUUGGCAUGGAGCUUGCUUCAAUACUACAACAGGAGAUAUUGAAGAUUUCCCUGGUUUAUCUAGUCUAGUAUCCUUCAAUAUCCUAGAGAAGGACGGAAAUAUCUUCAUUGAAGGAAACAGUUCCGACCUGGGGAAGAAGAAAAGAGAGAGAGGAGGAGAGAUCCUUGAAGAUGUUGACAAUGAAAGAACUGUUGUUAUAGUUGGGGGUGGAGCAGCAGGGCACACUGCCAUAGAAACAUUCAGAGCUGAAGGAUUUGAUGGUAAAAUUAUCCUGGUGAGCUCCGAUGAAUCUCUGCCCUAUGAUAGACCCAAGCUGAGUAAGAAACUAGACGCCAAACCCUCCGAGAUUCAGCUCCGACCUGACACCUGGUACAAGGAAGGAGGAGUUAAAGUCAUGCUCGGGGUUGAAGUUGUUCAGGUAUUCCCGGAGAAUAAGAUUGUGGUGACAUCUAGUGGAGAGAGAUUAAAGUAUGAUGAUCUACUGUUUGCUACUGGAGGAUCACCAAGGAAACUAGGAGUACCUGGAGAGAACCUUGAAGGAGUGAAAACCUUAAGAAGACCUGCGGAUGCUAAUUUCAUAUCUGAGGCGGCUGCUGGGAAGAAUGUUGUCAUAAUCGGAGGAUCAUUUAUUGGUCUUGAGGUUGCAGCUGCUCUAGUUGGAUCUUGUAAGAAGGUUACAGUAGUAGACAGGAACACUGUAUCCUUUCAGAACAUACUUGGUGUAGAGGUCGGAGCAAUCCUUGCCAAACUUCACACAGAUAAAGGAGUUCUCUUUGAGAUGGAAGAAACAGUUUCAGAGAUCCAGGGAACAGACGGAACCGUAACAGGAGUAAUUCUUGGUUCCGGUAAACUGCUGGAGGCAGACCUAGUUCUCAUCGGAGCAGGAGUUACUCCAAAUACUGCUCCGCUAGAUAAUAUAGAAGGAAUACUGGACUCUAGAGGAAUACUCCGAGUAGAUGAGUUUAUGCAGUCCAGUGUUCCACAUAUCUGGGGUGCAGGAGAUAUAGUAGAGUUCCCUCUCCUAACCUACUCCAGACAGCUCAUUAAUAUUGGACACUGGGGUAUAGCAAUGUAUAUGGGUAAAGUUGCUGCUCUUAAUAUCCUAGGAAGGAAGGAACCAGCCUACACUGUUCCAUUCUUUUGGUCGGUUCAGUAUGGUAAAAGUGUUCGGUUUGCAGGGAUCAGCAAGGACUGUGAUAGUGUGAAGGUCGAGGUAGAAGGUGAAUCCUUCCUUGCUACUUACAGUAUAGGUGGAGUAGUUCAGGGGGUUGCUACACUAGGACGGGAUCCUGUAGCAGCAUACUUUAGAACUAUGGUAGCUCACGGUAAACAGAUUAAAGAAGAGGAAGCAUUUGAUUUUCUCCGAACUAUGCCAAACUUAUUCUCUUCAUAAUACAGAUUUUAUGAUUUUUAAAUUCAUCUUAAUGUAUUUUUAUGUAUUUUUACGCACAUGCAAACUUAAUAAAAUGA